AUGAAACCCAGCGGUGGAGGUGACGAAUAUGAAGAGCCGGAGCACUUACGCAAGCUAUUCAUUGGGGGCCUUGACUAUAGGACUAAUGAUUCGUCACUAAAAGAGUUUUAUGAGCAAUGGGGGGAAAUAGUGGAUGUAGUAGUUAUGAAAGAUCCUCAGACGAAAAGAUCAAGGGGUUUUGGAUUCAUCACAUAUUCAAGAGCACAUAUGGUAGAUGAUGCUCAGAAAAAUAGACCACACAAAAUAGAUGGAAGAGUGGUGGAGCCUAAACGGGCAGUGCCCAGGGAAGAAAUCAAACGACCAGAUGCUGCUGCUACAGUUAAGAAGCUGUUUGUCGGUGGGCUGAAACAGGAAAUAGAAGAGGAUGACUUAAAACAAUACUUUAGCGCAUAUGGCGAUGUCGUAUCAGUAAGCUUAGUGACUGACAAAGGAACAGGGAAUAAAAGGGGCUUUGGAUUUGUUGAAUUUGACGACUAUGAUCCAGUUGAUAGAAUAUGUUUGCAACUAAACCACAAAGUCAAAGGCCAUCGAUUGGAUGUGAAGAAAGCUUUACCAAAGUCUGAGAUGGGAGGCGGAGGUGGCGGUGGUGGCGGCGGCGGCGGUGGUGGUGGUGGAAGAGGAGGCGGGGGUCGACGUGGGGGCCGCGGGGAUGGCGGCAGUGGAGGCGGAUGGGGAAACAGACAAAGCCAGGACUGGGGCAACUCAGAUGGUGGUGGAUACAACUCAGGAUAUGGACAAGGAGGAUGGGGAAAUCAAAAUCCUUGGGAUUCUAACAACUCUGGAGGAAACUGGAGUAACCAAGGGUAUGGAGACCAAGGAGGAUGGAAUCAGUCUUCAAAUAACUUUGGCUCUUCAUACCAGCAAGGAUACGGUGGCGGGCCUAUGAGGCCUAAUUACAAUACAACACGGGCUCAACCAUAUAAUAAUUCAGGUGGCGGAGGCGGAGGUUACCCUGGAGGUAAUGGAGGCGGCAAUAGCGGUGGUGGGGGCGGUGGACUGGGACUGUCCUCUUGUCUCAAGUUGCGCUUAGUUGAAGCUAGGCAGGCAGACGAUAUAGUAGAGACGAGGUAG